GUAAAUCCACAAUAUCGUCACAAAAUUGCUGACUUAGUUGCUUAACAUUUUAUUUGUUUUCGUUAUCAACAGACACCUUAAGCGCUAUAAACUAAGUCUGUAGGUCAGGGUCAAAAUUGUAUUAUUAUUAUUUUAUGAGACAGACUCUUUAAAUGAUGCGCUCAAGACGCGAUUUGUGAUUGGCUGGUACAGUGGCCUGAUAUAUGACGUCAUAGUAGAAAAUACAAAGUUCAGUGUUAAGCAAGGAAUUUCUAUUAUAUUUUAAUUUAAGAUAAAAUAAGUUAAAAUACGAGAAUUUUUGAUGAUAAUUAUUCAAUAAUCUACCCAUAAGUGACAGCCGUAUCGUAAUCUACUUCUAGACAUAGCUAUUUAAUUGAUCUAGUCACUAUAAUUCAUGUGUAGGAAGUAAAUUUUUAACGACUUAUACGCAAAAAAGCUUCUACUACUUUAAUCAAGCGACAACAUUAAUAGUAUUCAAAAUGUUCAUUGAAAAAGAUAAUAAUAUGAAUAACUUUUGGAUUCAGUGUAUUAUUAAGGCACUUUCUUAUGCUGGUGUCUUUUACGAUAUCAUCACAUUUCCCGUCUACUUUUUGAUCCAGCGACCGUGGGCACGACGAAACAGGUCACAAAGAGUUAAGGCAAAACCAAUAAGUUCCGAUAGUACUCAAAUAACAUAUCGUACAGCCGAUCCGCCAAGAGAAAUGCAUUUGAAGAUGGUUCAAGCUGAUAUUGACACAUUAGAAAAGGUAUUAAAGUACAUUUCUGACACACACAAGGACAAGAAUUGCUUAGGUACACGUCAAGUACUCAGUGAAGAGGAUGAAUUGCAGCCGAAUGGACGAUUGUUUAAGAAAUAUAAGAUGGGUGAAUAUACAUGGAGGAGCUAUGUUGAUGUCGAAAAGGAAGCAUGCAAUUUUGGAUAUGGAAUUCGUAAAUUGGGUGUCCAACCAAAAGAUAAUGUUGUGAUUUUUUCGGAAACGAGAGCUGAAUGGAUGAUUGCCGCACAUGGCUUAUUCAAGCAUAGUUGCUCCAUCGUUACGAUUUAUGCAACACUCGGUGAUGAAGGUAUUAUACAUGGCGUUAAUGAAACAGAAGUCUCCACAGUUAUUACAUCUCAUGAACUGAUGCCAAAAUUAAAAUGUAUUUUGGAUAAAUUACCAAAAGUCUCAACCAUAAUCUACUUCGAGGAUCAACUUGUGAAAACAGAUUUGAAAGGAUUUGAACGCAUCCGCACUUUCUCAUACAGUGAUGUCAUCGAAUAUGGAAUUAAAAAUCCAGUCGCUCCAAUACCACCAACUAAAAAUGAUGUAGCUAUAAUCAUGUACACAUCAGGAAGUACUGGAAUUCCGAAGGGCGUAUUGAUUACACACAACAACUGUAUAUCCACAUUGAAAUGCUUCUGCGAUGUUGUUGACAUUUUCACUGACGACGUCCUGUUAGGAUUUUUGCCAUUGGCACACGUUUUUGAAUUGCUAGCUGAAAGCGUUGGUCUUCUUACAGGCGUUCCAAUUGGAUAUUCAUCACCAAAUACUCUCAUCGAUAGUAGCACUAAGAUUAUGAAAGGAACAAAAGGAGACGCAUCAAUUUUGCGGCCCACAUGUAUUACUGCAGUUCCAUUAAUUUUAGAUAGGAUUUGUAAGGGAAUAACUGAUAAGGUUAAUAAGGGAUCUCCACUGCAAAAAGCUAUAUUUAGGUAUUGCUAUGAUUAUAAGUGUAAAUGGGAUAGACGUGGCUACGAUUCUCCAAUCGCCGAUCAUAUCGUAUUCAGAAAGAUUAGUAGAUUGUUGGGUGGAAAAAUACGACUUAUUAUAUCUGGAGGCGCUCCAUUAUCUGCCGAGACUCAUGAACAAAUUCGUUUAUGCUUGUGUGUUGAGGUUUGUCAAGGAUACGGAUUGACUGAGACGACAGCUGCAUCAUGUGUUAUGGAACGUUAUGAUAUGUCAUAUGCUCGUGUUGGUGCACCAUCAUCAAUGGUUGAUUUACGUUUAGUUAAUUGGGAAGAGGGAAAUUAUCGAGUUACCAAUAAACCUUUCCCUCAAGGUGAAAUUGUUAUAGGCUCGGAAAGCGUUGCCGCUGGAUAUUAUAAGAAUAAUGAGUUGACAAAGGAAAAUUUCUUUGAAGAGAAUGGCAGACGCUGGUUUAAGACUGGUGAUGUUGGAGAGAUGCAUGCUGAUGGAGUAUUAAAAAUAAUUGACCGCAAAAAAGAUUUAGUAAAGCUCCAAGCCGGCGAAUACGUUUCAUUAGGAAGAGUCGAGGCUGAAAUGAAGACUUGUCCAAUCGUAGAAAAUAUUUGUGUUUAUUGUGAUCCAUCAAAACAUUAUUGUGUCGCUUUAGUUGUACCCAAUGAAAAAAUGCUAAUGGAAAUGGCUGAGAAUUUAAAUAUUCACAAUUUAAGCUUUGAGAAGCUAUGCUCGUCGCCAAUUAUUGAAAAGACAGUCGGCAAAGAGCUCACUGAGCACGCAAAGAAAUGCAAACUGGAAAAGUUUGAAAUACCGGCAGUUAUUACACUCUGCAAGGAGACUUGGACAACCGAGGGUGGAUAUGUGACUGCUGCAUUUAAAAUAAAACGUAAAGUCAUUCAAGAACGAUAUAAGGAAGAAAUUAAAAGAAUGUAUGCUUCUUAAUAAACUCUUUCCUUUCUUUUUUUUUGUUAAAAAAAGAUCAAAAAACUGUAAUUUCUAAUUUAAUAAAUCUCACAUUAUUUAUUGCAACAAUUUUCUUUUUCACUUAAGCAAUCAAUAAAAAGAAGAAUAUCAAAUGAUAUAGAAAG